GUCCCGGAACUGUGGUUCACUUUGCAGCUCGGUUCUCGAGACCUCUCUCAGCCUCCUGGGCAACAGAAGCCUGCGGGAACAGAGCGUCUCCUGCCGGACCUCGCCCGGGAGACGCCGUCUGGGGCUGCGGAGGGCCACAGAGAGUCUCGGUUCCUGUACCUGGGUGCCCGAGAAUGGAAUGGGAGAGCCAGGCGCAUCCAUAGCAUGAGUGAGUUGGUGACCCCGGACAGCAGUCGAAGGAAGAAAAGAACGCUGUUGCAGUUCCUCUCAGAUCAUUUCCAGGACAUCCAGACUCUGAGAGAGUACUUGCUCCAGAAACAGAUCUCCAAAGUCAACUGGGAGAAUCGAUCCUUCACUAACAUCCAGGAGAAAUAUGGCCCGUAUAUCACAGGUGCUGUCUUCAUCCUGAAGCAGGGAGGCGCAGUGAAGUUUCAGGACAAGGAGGAAUGGAUCCGGCCAAAUAACCGUAGCCAUUUCCUUGCCGAGCUUCAGAAGUUCCAGAAAGUGCCUGUGGAGGCUGUGGAUGCCAGUGGCUGUGCCAUCAACUACCAGGGCCUUAGUAACCUCUUGCCCCUGAAGGAGCUGCGGUCCCUGUCCCUGCGGCGCUGCCCCAACUUGGACGACUGGUGCCUCAGCCGCCUCUACCUACUGGCUGGCUCACUGCAGGAGCUCUCGCUGGCUGGAUGCCCCAGAAUCUCAGAACGGGGCCUUGCCUGCCUCCACCACCUCCAGAACCUCCGCAGGCUGGACAUCUCAGACCUCCCUGCCGUGUCCCACCCAGGUCUCACUCAGAUCCUGGUGGAAGAGAUGUUGCCCCACUGUGAGGUCCUUGGAGCUGACUGGGCCCAGAAUCUGAAGCUGGAACCAGACAAGCAGCCUCUGGACACAUCUAGCCCCCUCUCUUCCUAGCCUGUGGCCUAGCUCUUGAAGGGUCUUGUGGGCUCUGUGGAGAGUCUGAAGUCUUCUCACACUCUGGCUUCUGGUGUAGUUCAUUCAGCACGGAGCAGCACGGGAAGAUAAGAAGACUGAGUCAGGACUGACUUACUGCAGCCUGCAACUGGCAAACAUCUGUUGCCUGGGCAGACAGCUACAUGCGGCUCCACAGUUUCCCCCAAACUCUGCCCAUACACAUCAAUAGGAACUGUGGCUGACAUGAGACACUGCUGGCCUACAGGGACUAGAGACCAGCAGCACCCAAGCCCCAUGGCAUUACCCAUUGAUUUACUGAUGAGCACCCUCAAAUGUGGGAGUCCCAGUGUGUCUGCCCACCCCCACCCCCCAUGGAGAUGAGUGUUUGAGAAAAUAUUCUCUUCAUCUGGCACAACCGCCGGAGAGAAUCCAAAGUAAAGAGACCUGUGCGGGGACUUUAGAGUGUAGCAGGGAUUCCCUGUGCUACAGGGCGGCACUUCCCCAGCACCCAGGCUGUUGGGUGGCCAGCAGCUUCCCCUGGCACUCCUGUCAACUGUGAUUGAUCCUGGCACCCAUGUUACCGGUGGCUCUGUCAUGACUCCAAUACACUGUGGAAAUGUGUGCUUCUUUAUAUUAAACUUCUGCUGUUCACAUUA